UCAGCACCUCAAGGGUCAAAGAGUCUGCCUGUCUGUCUGUCAGCACCCUGAGCUCCCAAUAGUUGUUCGGUCGAUGCUGUAAGUUGGGGUGGCUGCGAAUGUGGGGGUGUCCCUGACCCUCUGUGCGGCUGUGUGGUUACAGAGGGAAAGAGCAUGGAGUACAGCGAGGUGACCAGCGUCUUCUCUCGCCUGGUGGAGACGCACUUCCUGCAGCGCUGCCCCCCAGUGGCAGAGCGCAGCGGCGACAGCGCGGCCUGCCCAGCCCCCACCCUGGCUGAUGGCGACAAGGAGAGGUACACCCUGCCCCACAUCACCCUGACAGGCCGGGGGAAGCGCCCGCGGGCCAGUGAGGACAGCGAGGGCGACCAGAGGGCGAAGAGAGCCAGGCUGGACACGGCGGCUCACGAGUCCGCACAGGCCCAGGGCGAUGAUGGGAUCUACUGGCAGGUGAAUUUCGAGAGGUUCCACCAGCACUUCCGAGACCAGGCCAUCGUCAGCGCGGUGGCCAGCAAGCUGGACCAGACCAGCAGCGAGAUCGUGAGGACCAUGCUGAGGAUGAGCGAGGUGACCACCCCGUCCGGCGCCGCCUGCACCCAGCCGCUGAGCUGCAACGAGAUUUUCCGGGCGCUGCCCCCUAGUUACAGCAUCACCCGGCCCGUGCUGGACCAGUACCUCUCCCUGCUCGUGGAUGACCCGAUGGAGUUCGUGGGGAAGUCGGGCGACAGUGGGGGCGGGAUGUUUGUCAUCAAUUUGCACCGAGCCCUGACCAACCUGGCGCGGGCGACCCUGGAGUCCGCCGUGCAGGAGAGGUUCGGCUCGCGGUCGGCGCGGAUCUUCCGGCUUCUGCUGCGGAAGAGGCACCUGGAGCAGAAGCAGGUGGAGGACUUUGCCAUGAUCCCCGCCAAGGAGGCGAAGGAGAUGAUGUACCGCAUGCUGUCGGAGAACCUGGUGCAGCUCCAGGAGAUCCCCAAGACCCCUGACCACGCCCCCUCUCGCACCUUCUACCUGUACACGGUGAACCCCCUGCCCACCGCCCGGAUGCUCCUGCAGCACUGCUACAAGACGGUGGCCAAUCUGAUCGAGAGGCGCCUUUUCGAGACCAAGGAGAACAAGCGUCUCUUGGAGAAGUCCCAGCGGAUCGAGGCGAUCCUGGCCUCGCUGCAGGCCAGCGGCGCGGAGCCCGGCCAGCUAGCCGAGGUGGAGGAGAUGAUCACGGCGCCCGAGAGGCAGCAGCUGGAGGCCCUGAGGCGCCACGUGAACAAGCUGGACUCCAGUGAGAACCAGGUGGACGAGACCAUGUUCCUCCUGGAGUCCUACAUCAGCUCCACUCAGGCCUCUCGCUGACCGCCGGGCCCCGCUGAAGCAACUGGUGCACCUGCCGGCCUGUGGCUCCACCUGCCUUUCAAGCCCCGGAGUGUGAGUGUGAGUGUGAGUGUGAGUGUGAGUGUGAGUGUGAGUGUGAGUGUGAGUGUGAGUGUGAGUGUGAG